AUGACUGUGGCACGAUCAAUGACAGCUGCCACAAAUGUCGCCUCAAAAUCAACUGCACCAAGCACAACAUCAUUCGUUGGUGCGCCUAGAGCAUUCUCCAGCUCUGCUCAAUCUUCUGCCGAAUUCGAAAGUCCUUUCGGUGUAAACUCAUUGGCAAAACUAACAGAAGAAGAGGAAAUGUUACGUGAAUCAGUUCGCAAAUUUGCCGAAGAAGUGAUUCAACCUCGUGUUGAAGCAAUGGAUGAAGCAGAGAAAAUGGAUAAAGAAAUCAUCAAUGGCUUAUUCGAACAAGGUUUGAUGGGUAUCGAAACAAGUGAAGAACAUAACGGUGCAGGAUGUAGUUUCACAGCCGCAAUCAUUGUUAUUGAAGAAUUGGCAAAAGUUGACCCCUCCGUUUCAGUUCUUUGUGAUGUUCAUAAUACUUUGGUCGAUACCGUUUUGCGUAAAUAUGCUUCAAAGGAAUUGCAAGACAAAUAUCUGCCUAAACUCUCAACUGAUAUGUUGGGCUGCUUCUGUCUUUCAGAACCCGCUUCAGGAUCUGAUGCAUUUGCCAUGAAAUCUUCUUACAAGAAGAAUGACGACGGUUCAUUCACUAUUGACGCACAGAAGAUGUGGAUCACAAACAGUGAAGACGCAGACUUUUUCAUCUUAUUUGCUCAAGGAGAUCCUUCAAAGGGUUACAAGGGUAUUUCAGCAUUUGCAAUCACGCGUGAUAUGGGUGUAGAAAUCGCAAAGAAGGAAAAGAAGUUGGGUAUCAAGGCAUCCUCAACUUGCACUGUACAAUUUGACGGAAUUCAAGUCCCAAAAGAGAACUUGAUCGGAGAAGAAGGGAAAGGAUACAAGAUUGCCAUUGAAAUCUUGAACGAAGGAAGAGUUGGAAUUGGUGCACAAAUGGUUGGUUUAGCACAAGGUGCGUUUAACAAAGCGAUCAAAUAUGCAUACGAACGUAAACAAUUCGGUAAACCCGUUGCAUCGUUCCAAGGAAUGCAAUUCCAAUUCGCAGAAGCUGCAAUGAAGAUCGAAGCUGCACGUACAAUGGUUUAUAACGCCGCCCGUCUCAAAGAAGAAGGUCGUCCGUUCACCAAAGAAGCAGCAAUGGCUAAAUUGUAUGCUUCUGAAGUUGCUCAAUCCGUUUCUGGAAGUGCGAUCGAAUGGUGUGGUGGAAUGGGUUUCACACGUGAGACUGGAAUUGAGAAAUAUUGGCGUGACAGUAAGAUUGGUGCAAUUUAUGAAGGUACUUCAAACAUUCAAAGACAAACGAUUGCCAAACUUGUAGAAGCAGAGAUGGGUCUCAAGAACUGA